AAUAGCAUUGGUGGGCGUGCGGGGAUGCGGCGCCGGGGACAGCGGAGGAGACCCGGACCCUCCUCCGCCUGCUUUGGUUUCUGCGCCCCCCUGCUCGCCCUGGCGCUGUCCCUUCUGCGGGCAUUCCCCUCAGUUCAUUCUCAUAAAGUAGAUCCUAGUGGAUUGAAAGUUGUCGGAUCAACCAAUUUGCCAGUCAAAGUUUACGUCAAGUUGAAUCAUAACAGUCCACGUAUUCUAUGUGUAACAAAUCGUCUGAGAAAUUCGGAAUUGAUCGAUCCAAUAUUCCAGUGGCAUGGACCAGAAGGCGACCUGGUUACAGAAAAUCGAACUGUGAAAAUAACACCAACAGGAACUUUACUAUUCCGACACUUCAAAAUCGAUAUGAGUGGAGUCUACACGUGUUCCCUUGUGUUUAAGCCAACCAUAGAGCAAGCUGAGAAAAACUAUUUAAUCAAAUAUGUUGUUUAUGCGUAUUCUGAUCCUAACUUUUACUAUGAGUUUACAGCCCGAUAUCAUGCUGCUCCCUGCAACAGUAUCUACAAUACUUCUUUUGAGAAGAAGUUGCUUCAGAUACUGAGCAAGCUUAUUGUUGAGCUAUCUUGUGAGGUUACAUUACACAAGUCAGAGUGUCAUCAUGUGAAAAUGCAGAGAGCUGGAUUGCAAAAUGAAAUCUUCUUUACUUUUACAGUUUCUUCUCUAGAUACAGAAAAAACCAAAGGUCCUUGUGAGAAAGGAGCAUGCGACAUAGCAAGAAGAUUACGAAAGGCAAAAGACCUAAUAGAGAAAUUUUUCAAUCAACAAGUUGAAGUUCUUGGGAAACGGACAUCGCCGCUGCCUGAGAUCUACUACAUUGAAGGCACUCUUCAAAUGGUGUGGGUUAAUCGCUGUUAUCCAGGCUAUGGAAUGAAUGCUCUCUUACAUCCAGAUUGUCCUAACUGUUGUGUGGUUUGCAGUCCAGGAUCAUUUAACCCUCAUGAAGGAGUUCACUGCCUGCAAUGCAACAAAAGUUUGGAAUAUGGAGCAACACAUUGCUAACAGGAUGCCAGCAUAAACUUUUUUGCUAUGUUUAAUAGCACAAUGUAUUUGAUUUAUAUCUUGGUGAUACAAAUAAAAUAAUUUUAUGAAAACUCUCAUUUAAUUUGUAUUACAUCAGCAUAUUGCAUUUGUCAUCAUUAGCAGAAAAACUACAUUCUAUUUUGCUGCCCCUCGUAGUUUCAGUUAUUUUUGUGGCCGGGCAUGUGGUUUUACUUUUGAGAAACCAAGUCUCUUCCAAAUAUUUGUGGCCUUAAGACCUUUAUCAAGUUUGAGACUGAUCUAGUAUAUCAAUUUCGGUGUAAGAUCAGUGUGAUAAAAUGAAGAUGAACCAGUACUGUGCAUUAGAUAAGAGGCAUCUUUUAAAGUGGGGAAUGUCUUAUAUUUGGCAGGACAACAACUGCCUAUUUCCCAUCUCUUCAGUGGCUUCGGUUGGUACCAUGUGUGUGUGUUUUAAAUUAGAUUAUGAGCCCUUUGGGGACAGGGAUUCAUUUUUUUCCUUUUGCUAUGUAAACCGCUUGGAGGACUCCCCCCUAUCUCCGCCCUUGAAAAGUGGUAUAUACAUUUUUAAAAAAAUAAUAAAAUUGUAUUCAGUUGUUUUAAUAAUAAAAUUGUCUCCAGAGUUGUAUUGGAGAGACCUGAAUUCAGA